ACGAAUUAUUGUACUGUUUUAUUUCAAGAUACAAGUAAAUUAUCGUAAAUAAGGCCAAUCGUUUUCUUAAGCCGAUAUUUGUAAUGGAGCAAGAUAAUUAUUUGUUGAAUUAAUCAAUUAUAUUUAAUAUUUUUUUUGUCCACUACUUUUUUGUCUUCCCUGAUAUCUUUACGUAGAGAACGAGGAAAAUAGAUUACAGGAUAAUUUACAAAUAAAUUUUAUAGUUACGUAAAGAAAUUUAUUAUUUUAAAUAAUAAUAUUUAAAAUACAUAAAAUACAAAAAAUUCAAUUUGUUUUUCGUGUCUAGGGAAUGAGUUUUCGAUUAUAAAUAUUACGCAAUACUUGCCUAUGAUUUAAUCAUUAAAUGAAAUAAUAUUUAUAAGAAUAUCUUUAUUUAUUUCUUCCUAAUAUCUUGUUAUACAUUUCUACUAAAAUAUCAUGAUACAUUAGUAUUAAAAAACUUCAGUAUCUGUUAAAAAUUAUGAAUUUUAAAAUGCCUUUUAAAAAUUUUUUUUCUUUUUUUUUUGCAUGCACAAUUAUUUUUAAUGCUCUUUCUUUCAAUGUAUUUUUAUCAUGUAAAAUAUCGAAUUGAACGAAAUUAGCAGUAGUUAGAAUUCAAUUUGUUCUAUGGCUUUUAAACGAGGAUUUAAUAUCUCUGUUCAGUGAUACGGAUUACAUACAUAUAUAUAUAUAUAUUAUCUUUUGAUUUUCUAUACUGUUUCUUUCCGUUGCAAAGAUUCUCGUGACUUGCAUUUCCGAUCCAUUAGUCGUUAAGUCUGACACGCCUUCUGUUAAACAAGCAUUAGCUUCUCCUAAUCUAUAACAAGAUUAUACCUGGACUUGCCUAUCUUCCUUUUGUGGUUUGGCCGAAGCUAAUUGCGAUCUGCGGUCACGUCACGGUUUAUUUCCACCGCAACAUUUCGACUGCGCUUUUUUUGUUUUUAUAUAUAUAUAUAUAUAUUUUUCCACCGUCGAAAACGAUUUAUUGCGGAUUAUUUAUAGCGUCGAUCAUCAUCGGCCGCUGUAUUUCUCCGCAUCCUAUUUUCCUAUUCGCGUAAAAUAAGUGGGACAUUGAUUUUAAAUGGCCACGGUAGAAAUCACGAGGCAGGAUCCACGACAGCGUCACGAUUUCCGUGGUUGUUAUGAAAACACGAGAAUCUAGGUUACUAGAAACCACCGGUUGACACGAUUGGUAAGACACUCUGCGGUUUCUCGUUUCUUCGCAAAUCCACUCGCGAAGAAAUUUUUCUCCAGUAUUAUUUACUUGGUCAUGCCUCGAACUACUGCCUUCAUAUCUUAUUGCCUUGUUUAUUAAGCGGGGAGAGGGGUUUAUCUUCGAGAUAGAAUAACGAUAAGCUCGAUGUUAAAACAUAGAGAAAGAUAGGAUAAAUAAAUGGAAUAAAAUUAUUUUCCUCUUCUUCCAAAAAUUCAUCAAUCAUUCCAUUUUCCUUGCAGACUAUUUCUCUUAAUGAAAUUCUUUUCUGAGACACUUUGAUGGCACUCUCCAACUUCCGCCACGUGUGCAUUCAAACAUUUUAUUAUCGAAAAAUUAUCACUAUCACUCGAAAUGUCCUUCCCAACGAAAUGUUCGCCCUCACAAUUCAAAAUUGCACGCAAACGAUUCAUUGCAAGCGAAUCGAUCCAUCUCGAAUAUUCAUCUCAAAAAAAAAAAAAAAAGAAAGAAGCAAGAUCCCUUUAAUUCCCUCUUAAUAAUCCACGCUUUCUCGAAUACGCAAAAAUCCGAACACGAAUCUUGUAUUAUGCCAUUGCGAAAUAAGAUUUGUUCGGUACCGUUAUCGGUCUGCCGGCAUCCGAAGCAGCGUCAGCUGUCGUGAAAUUCGCCGAUGGUUCGAUUAGCGUGAAUGCACACACACACACGUACACGCAUACAUACGCACGCACGCACACUACGGAAGGCGAGAGCACGUCGCACACGUCGCCGUAUUCGUGGACCAAUCGACCCUCGCCACGAGUGGAAACGACGAAUCAGGAGGGUCGUAUAGCGGCGGGGAUAGCAACCGGUGCCUAGGGUCCCCGUUUCUCGCGUCUGUUGCGCGUUCACUAGCUUCCUCCCCUUGCUGCGGGCUCCCGUCGCGACAACGCUCUUCGCGGGUGUUCAUUCGCGUGUCAGACGUGGUUGAGGUGGGACGCACGACUCCACGUUCCUCGUUCGUAUAUAUAUAUAUAUAUAUAUGUAUAUAUGUGUAUAUAUAUAUAUAAAUAUAUAUACACACAUACAUGCGUAUAUAUUAUAUUUAAUUCUCUCUCUGUCUCUCUCUCUCCUCUCUCUUUCUACGUGUUCUACGGUGAGAGGCCAACGUGUUGGUUCCACGUGCGCGACCCAUCGACGUGUACGCCUAUAACUUCCGCUUUUCACCUGAUCUCCGCAUUAGGCAAGACUCACGUGGCGAGAUCUCCCGCGCGUUGUGCCUCCCUUCGUUCGUUGCUUUGCAUCACAGGUAGUGAAACUCGCCGAUCUCGGGAAGAGGAACGUCGAAGCAAGAACAGACGGCGUUUGUACGCGGGGGGGAAGAGAGGACAGCCAACGACCGCUUCUGCUUGUUUUCGAGGGACGGAAACGGAACUCGAAGAGUCGAAAGUAACGAAAAGUAUCGAAGAAGAGCCAAGUUUGGUGGUGAAAGAAGAGAGAGAGAAGAUGACUCGCAUGCUUCUGCAAGAACCCGGAUGGAAGAUAGAGCGCAAGGGAUCGGCGUUGCUGUUGAGGAGGGACAGCUCGCAUCUGAAGAGCGGCCGCGUCUGUUUCCGGUGCGACGUCGAGGUCCGUGAAUUCGAGCGUGACGAGGAUUACAUGAUCGAGGCGGAACCGGAAGCAGCUGCCAGUCCCUUGGCAAUGUGUGCCAGUUGUUUGGCGGCUCUCUGCGUGACCGUGAUUCUACCGUGGCUGUUGAUCGGCGGUUAAACACGCCUCGCUCGAACUCACCAUCUUUGGGGAGGGGGUGGCGGGCGAUGGUGGUUGCGUAAACCUCUGGGAAAACGGAAGUCAUCCGAAGGAUCGAAAGAAAAAGUCGGGAGAAGAGAGAGAGAGGGGUUUCCCGCUCUGAGCGUGGAAAAUUCGAAGCGAUGAUGGAGGAAUAGAUCGAUUUGAAUUCCUCGAUUCGAGAUUUUUUUUUUCGUGUCAUCGCGGGGCAGGAUUCGAAAAUGGAUACAGUUCCUGAAACGGUAGAGUUUCGUUCCAGAUUUACAAAAAUCGAAUCCCUGUAAAUCCUCAAAAUCUUACGAUUCUAGGAAAUUUUUGAAAUUUUCUUUUUUCUCUCGUUCGAAGACAAAUCGAAAUAUAAACUUUCCUUUGUAUUAAGUUAUUUGCGCACGGCGUGUGUAGGUGUGUGUUACUUCACUCUUUUCAAUCUCUCGAAAGCACCGGGAUAAAAGUCGACGUUCGUUCUUUCAUCCUUUGAACAAAUUUUGAAUCUUUGUCAAGUCUUUCUAACUCGAACACGUAUACCGUACAUAUAUCGAUUAUGAUCCUCGAGGUCAAAGAGACGGAAGAAAAAUUCCUACCUGUUUCUCGAACGGAGAAAUAUUUUUCAAACGAUGAACCGAUUUCCAAAAGACAACCUUUAUUGCUUUAUAUUUAUUCGCUGAUCCGCGUCGUUUGCUUCAAAUGCCUCCGUUCCACACACACAUACACGUUUCUAGGAAGAAACGGAAGUAUGGACUCGUGUGAUUCGAGCAGAUCCGCGAAAAUCGAAGGGAAAAUCGCUCUUUCGUGGACUUUCUGCAUAGAUAUGUGAAAUUGGGGGGAAAAAACAUCAAAGGAAAACGAACGAUCCUUACCGCGUUUCACGAUAUCAAAUCUUUUUUCGAGCUUUUAGAACGGAGGCGAUCCUCUGCCAAACGAGAGCAGCAUUCGAGAUAUUCGUGGAAAUUUGAAAACGUUUCCGUGACUCGUUUAUUUUGCACAUCUCUCUCUCUCUACACACACACACACACACACACAUACGCUCUUUUGCAAAUGUUGCAACAAUAGAUAACUAGCUCGUUAAACGUUUGUGAAUUCACAGAAUUUCUUUUCUAUCGAAAGCGUAAUGGAAUCAUUGGAUUCGUAAAAUUUAUAACAUAGGGUGGAACGGAAUGGAACGAAGAUCUCUUUUUAUUAUCUUAACAUUUAAAACUGUUGAAGAUAAAUUCUAAAUUUUAUGAAAUAAUUUUUAAUCGAAGAAAUAUGGACCAGGGAGAAAGGCAGAGUUUUAUUGUUAUUAAAAAAAGAAAAAAAGAAAUGAUCAACAUCAUUUUUUUCGUUUCACUCCGCGCUAAUAAUCCACGAUAUAAUGAUUUUGAAACCCCUUCGAAACCAUUCCCAUCUGUACAGUUUUACAUUUGACCGGUUUCCGGCACGAUUCCGGAAUGUCUCCGUUCAAUUCUCUCGACCAGUUACAUAUUUUUUCACGGCACGAAAGCCGUCGGUGGAAAGUUGGGAAGUUUUCUUGGGCGUGAAGUCAGCAAAUGGAAAAGUUUCACCGCGUGGGAUCGGUGGCGAAUUGAGAAAUCGAGCGAACUUUCGAGGGAUGCCGAUAGUGUUACACUCCGUUACUCGUUGAAAACGAAGAAAAUGCGGAGGCGGAUUAACGGUAACGCCGAAUAAACGUUCGACUUCUUAUUAUUCACUGUUCGUGAAUCUUUACAAAGUUGACAAUAUUAAUUUGUAUUUUGAAAAACUUUACAAGAUAUUAGUUGGUAACAACUGACGAAGCAAAAUUUGAAAGUGUUCAGUUGAAGAUUCGGUUUGGAUGUCUCGAUUAAUCGAAAUCGCGGAAUGCCUGUUAUUCGUGACAAAUUUACGUGGCGAGUUUCGAAUUCUGGUAUCCUGCCUAGUGUCUUCGAUAAAUCAUCUGCUCUGGUACGCGUGCGGAAUUUUGCUAGUCUAAAAUAGGAAGAGAAAAAGAGAGGAUGGAACAGAAUGCGUGAGAGAAAUAGAGAAAAGAUUUCUAAACAUAUAUACCGAUGAUUGAUCUUGAUGUGUGUAAAUGAGAUAUAUUUGGAAAGAUUAUAUACGAGGAUAGGUAAUUAAGGAUCUAUUAAACGAUUCCAAUCGAUCAAUGUAAAAUAUUAUUUGUUUAUAUUUCUAAUAAAAUACCGAACAUGUUUAAAUACGA